CUCAAAAAUGACCACGACGGCAAGGACGGCGGGAGGCGGUGAUGGCAAAUCCAAAGUCUGUGCAGUGUGUGCUUACGAUGCCACCACUGUGAAUUGCCACGAGUGCAGCCUCGUCUACUGUACCAGCUGCUUUGAUCGGCUCCACCUCCACAUUCCCGCCGUACAACAUCACCAAAAAGCUAUGGUUGAGAUAGCCACAGACGAGACAACGAUGUCGCUUCAAACUCCCACCACUGUACAGCCGCAUGCUUCCGCAUCAACGCCACUCGCAAACGAACCGAACCAUAGCCUCCGGGCACCGUUUUUCAAGCCACACCCAUUGCACAUCCCCCCACCAGCGGCGACAACUCCGGAUCGUGGGUGGAAUGGCGACGUGGCCGACGAAGACCACCCUCGAAAGAAACUGCGCGGCCUUCACGACUCGACCGCUCCAAGUUUCCUACCCCUGCAAAACUCUGGUGGGUCCGCUCGAACUCGCAACUUACCCCCUCCGACUGCUUCUUCGUCUUCAACAUCGUCGUCGCCGUCGUCGUCCACGUAUGCAUUCAAGAAGUCCCCGACAAGCCAAGGAAUCCAGCCACCGCCGUCUGUGACGCCGUCGAUCCCACCAAGCUUAAGCACGUUUAGACCCAUCCAACCAUCCCCGACUUCAACUAUGGCCCCGCCACCACCCGUGGCCCACCUCCAUCAAUCUCCUUCCCAGCAAUCGCCCACGACGUUUCUCACCCCUUCAAAUGUCCCGUCCUCCUCUGCUCCUGCCACGUACAGUCCCGUGGACGACGACGGGAGCAAUGCGUUGGAAGAUCUGUUCUUUGACCGGUUUAAUGGCGUCAACGAGCAAGUAGAUACGCUGGAGACGCAGCUGGCGGACUUUGUGAGGAUGUUGUCGAUGUCGUCGGCGGCAGGAGCUGCGGCCAGUCGCAUCCAGGUCACGCGGCAGAACCUCCAAGUCAUGUACGAUGAACGAGAGCAAGCGCUAGCCAAAGUCGUGGUGCAUUCUCCAUUGCUACUUCAACGCACGUCUGCCCUGCUCGCGGCAAAUCUCCAAAACAUGCCCGAGUUGUGGGCCCGGGCGUACCAAAAGCUAAAGCUCAUGGCCACGCACUUGAAAUCAGCGCAAGACAACUUGGUGACGCUGCAGUUCCACGUCACUGAACUAGAAUCGUUAGACAAGUCGCCCAGCGACAAGCUGUGCACAUUGCAACAGACGAUUCAGAACACGCACCAGUACGUCGCCAACCUUCGUCGAAACCGGCAGGACGAGUGCGUCGCGCUCGUGUCGUUCUCAGCACCGCUGCGCGUUCGUGUGGCCGACGAGCUCAACGAACAGCGACGCAAAGGAUUGUUGAGCUAGUACAACGAGUUUGUCGUACAUUGUUUGGGGGGUGUUGUCGCGAGUUGUGGAAUUAUGCAUCAGUCUAAAGCAUCGAGAAUUCGGGCAUGACAUUGGGCCACC